CUUUUGCUUUCUGCAUCAGAUGUGGAUCAGUGUAUGAAGUGUCCAGAGGACCAGUAUGCCAACACAGAGCAGAACCACUGCCUCCGCAAAGAUGUGACCUUUCUGGGCUUCGAUGAACCCUUGGGGAUGACUCUGUCCUGCAUGGCCUUAUGUUUGUCUGCAUUCACGGUUAUGGUUCUUGGGGUCUUUGUGAAAUACCAAGACACUCCCAUUGUGAAGGCCAAUAACCUCACUCUCAGCUACAUCCUGCUCAUCUCCCUCAUCUUCUCUUUCCUCUGUUCCUUGCUCUUCAUUGGCCAUCCCAACUCAGCUACCUGUGUCCUGCAGCAAAUAACAUAUGGUAUUUUAUUCACUGUAGCUGUUUCCACUGUGUUGGCCAAGACAAUUACUGUGGUGUUGGCUUUCAAAGUCACUUCUCCUGGAAGAAGGAUGAAGUGGCUCCUGGUAUCAGGGGUACCUAACUACAUCAUUCCCUUCUGCACCAUCAUCCAAAUUAUUCUCUGUGCAAUCUGGCUGGGAGUUUCUCCUCCCUCUGUUGACAUUGAUGCACACUCUGAGCAUGGCUACAUCAUCAUUGUGUGCAACAAGGGUUCAGUAACUGCUUUCUACUCUGUCUUGGGAUACCUGGGCUCUCUGGCCCUGGGGAGCUUCACUGUAGCUUUUUUGGCCAGGAAUCUCCCUGACACAUUCAAUGAAGCCAAAUUCUUGACAUUCAGCAUGCUGUUGUUCUGCAGUGUCUGGGUCACUUUUCUCCCUGUCUACCACAGCUCCAAGGGCAAGAUAAUGAUGGCUGUGGAGGUCUUCUCCAUCUUAGCCUCCAGUGCAGGCUUGCUGGGAUGCAUCUUUGUCCCCAAGUGCUACAUCAUUUUAAUAAGACCAGAGAGAAAUUCUCUUCAAAAGUUAAGAGAGAAAUCAUCUUCCAGAACUCCCAUUUCAUAAAUUUUAACUGACAACUAUAGUGUUGGAA